AUGCCUCCAAAGUUUGACCCCAAUCAGGAGAUCACAGUCGUCGUCCGUGCUGUGGGUGGUGAGGUGCCUGCAACGGCGUCACUCGCCCCCAAGGUUGGUCCACUCGGUUUGAAUGCGAAAAAGAUCGGUGAGGACAUCGCCAAAUCCACGAAGGACUGGAAGGGUCUCAAGGUUACGUGUCAGCUGCGCGUAAAGAACCGUGUGGCUACCGUCGUCGUCACGCCAUCUGUCGCCUCAAGGCUGAUCCGUGCGCUGAAGGAGCCACCGCGCGAUCGCAAGAAGGUGAAGAACAUUAAGCAUGACGGUAACAUCGCCUUCUCUGAGAUUCUGAAGAUUGCGAAGGAGUCCGCGCCGAACUCUAUGGGCGCCAGCAUGAAAUCUGUGGUGAUGGAGGUACUUGGCACUGCCGUUUCCAUCGGAUGUACCAUCGACGGUGAGCACCCGCGCGCGAUUCAGGAGAAGGUUCAGGAAGGUAAGCUGAAGGUCCCCAACUAA